AUGGGGUACAUACGCAAUCGGGACCUCAUAGCGGAGGACGAAGCCAAUCGAGCUCGCAUCGAUGAAGCCGCGCGUCGUCGAGAGGGAGACGGAGGGAGCGCGUCGAUGCGCGCGCACGGAUCCGAGGGAGAUCCCUGGGCAGAGUACGCGGCCGAUGUCGAGAGGGAGAUCUUCAACAAUCGCUCCGCCGCUCAAAAGCGACGGAGAGCCAGGGAAGCGGCUUUGGGCAGCCCACCGAUGAUGCGCCGACGCAGGAAACGUGGCGCGGUUGACGGCGGCGAAGACGCGACUGCGACGGCCGCGAUCGAACACGACAACCAUGUCGAUGAUAUCGCGAGCGAUGAUGAGGGUGACGCCGCCGGUUGGAACGCACGUCUCCCCGAGCUCCUCUCGGGCGUUCUCAGGCAGGCGGUUGCGUUCGAGGGCUGGCGCGCGAAAAAGGAGCAGCAGCGAUUGCAGCGAUUCGCGAGCCCUGAUGUAGUGCAUACAUUUAAGGCGAUGCUAUGGUCGGCUGUGCAGCGGCCGUUCGGUGACGACGCGGACGCGUGCUGCCCGGGUCAAGCGACGCGAGCUAGCGAUGGCGAAGAUUCGAUUCGUGCGCAACGACAUGGGCGCGAUGCCGUCGAGUUUGUCGACGAGCCCGCGGGCGACGGCGAUGAUAUAUUUUGCAUCGUCUGCAGCGACGACGUCGUGCGCGCAUCUGGCCCCCAACGCCUGUUCGGGCGAAUGGUUUGCCCGCACUGCGGUUUCGGCGUCUCGUACGAUCCCAUCGCGCUCGGUCUCUGGCCGACGGAGCCGCCCAACACACUGGAUCGGAUCGGGACGAGGUCAAAUAUUUUCGUACACCACGAGGUGCUGGCAAACGCGCUGAAGGAUCUCACAUCGACGACGAGCACCGCGAACGAGCGGACUCUAUCAAAGCACCUCGCGGACAGAAUCCGAGGCGGCGUGGCGCCGGAGGCUCCGCGAUCCGAAUCUGGAUAUCCUGACGCGGCGUUCACGGCCGAAAGAAUUCGACAGCUGCUCUUUCGGAGCGGCGUGUUCGAUGCGUACGCCCGAUCGCGCUUCCAGCUGAGUUCAAGCCGCGACGUGCGCGCGACGGUUCACCGAUCGAACGCUCCUUCAAGCACGCCCGGUGACGACGACGUUGAUACGGGUGCGACGCCCGACUCGAAUACGUCGACGAUUAAUAUCACAGCACCGCCGUCACGAGACCCCGCCGCGUCGUGUCCAGCGUGCGCGAGCGCGUCGUGGGGUGACGACACGAACGUGAAACGGCUUCUCAACGUUUGUGGCGAUGGGAAUGCCAAGGCCGUUCGCCUACGGGGGUCCGCGACUACGGAUUAUCACCGCGCACUCGGGACAACGGAUUGGGACGAAUUCGAAUACAUCCGCCCGUACGUCCCCGUUGAAGGGAUACCCGGCUGGGCGACGAUGUGCACGCCGUGUGAAACCGGUGACUGCCGCACCCAAAUCAAAUGCGCGGACAAACCGCGCGCGCCAGGGACCACGCGCGGAGCGCUUGGUAAGAUGGACGAGCGAUCGAUGCUGUUAUUCGUUUGUCAUCAUGGAUUUGUGUUGCGCGGCACGGCGCUCGUGAGCACGACGCACGAGCGAUUCGAUAUGUACGACGUCGCCCUCGCCGGGCUCGCUCGGUGGCGGAAUCUUGGCGACGUUCACAUUGACUUCGCGUGUCAGUACGGCGUCCACCUUCGUCGGCGCGUCGAAGCGCUCGUUGAACGAGACCAAAAUUCGUUCGCCGAUCUCCGCGAUCAGCUCGCUCAGGCGAGCGACGCCGACUGCGGGGGCGCUCGCCUGAUGGUACCGUACAUGCACGGCAGCUCCCAUGGGUACAGCUGCAAACAUAAGCACUGGGCCGUCUACAAGUCGGACUCAUGCCGCCGCGCGGGCGAGACGACGGAGCAUGUGUGGUCGCGAUUACGAUCGUCUUUCACGGGGCGUUUGCGGCUCAUGUCUAGCAUGCGACGGUCCCUCCUCCUCGAGCACAUCAUCCGCGGUCUCGAUUCCGAGCGAAAGAAAGAGUUCCCAUUGUCCUUCGCGAACACGGCACAUCGACUCCUUCGACGAGAUGGCGUGUUCGAUAACGAUGUCAAACUAUACUACGACGUGCUCCAGUUGCGGUCUCGUCAGUCGGGCGUGGGCAUAAGGGAAUUACACGCCACCGCGCGUCGUUUUCUCGAGCUCGCUCGGGCGAACCCAGACUGUGCCAGCGAGCCGCCUGAACCGAUCGAAGGACGCGUCGCGUGGCUGAGCCACGAAUACCACUUUGAGGGCUAUGAAGACAAAAAAAUGAAGAUGUGCCUGCAGAUACGCAAGCUACAGUCACAACACGGACUCGGCGAGAGCGGCCCGUGGUCUCGAAAUAACGAAGAAUACUUGCCUGGAAUUGAGGCACACUGGCGGUUCGAGUCCGCGCGACGUCGUGCGAGCGUCGUUGAUGCUUGGCUCGAUCGCUGCGAAAUCCGCCGACAAUUACGUGAUCGCAGCAUGCGCGACUCGGAAUACACGGAGCUGAAGUCCCGGGAAAUCACGCUCUCUACUCAUGUCAGUGUUGACAUGAAGAAUUACAACUACGCUGUUGAGCAGCUCAACGUCGCGCGCCGGUGUAUGAACAUGCCGGCCGAGGUGGAUCCAGCAUUUCAGCCGUUGACGGAGCAGAUCGUCGACGCGUGGGACGAAACCGGUCCCGAAAACGAUCCAUUCACUGGAGUGAACGGUUUGGCGCGCGUGGAGCUCACAGAGGCAGAUGGUACCACCACCACUGUUCGGCUCUCUCUUGCAUCGCUCCGGCGACUGGCACACCUCGGCGCGUACGUCGCCAGGGACGCCGAGGAUGUCAAUCGCCUCCGUGAGGAGGCCGACCGCGCGCUGUCGUUUUACGCGCGUGUCGAGCGAGAGGAGUCAUCCGAGCUAGAGAGUUCGCGCGCGCGCGCGCUCGGUGUGAAGCGCGCGAUCCUCGAUGGUGGUGGUGGCGACGACGGUGAUUUACAAGACGCGUUAUGGGCGGCGAUAUACGCGGCGCGCGCGGCGGAGGUGAAGCGUGACGCGGCGGCGGCGCGGUUGGAGAGAUUGGGCGAUUGCGCAAAGCCGCUGCUACGUUCGCUCGUUUUGAAGCCCACUUGUCUCUUACUGAUUGAUUCGAUCACAGUGCCCCUGCUCGAGGUCGUAGGACCGGCGAACGCGGUGUUGUCUCGCCGAGACGACUCAUCGAUGAAGUCCCGACAGGAUGAUGCUGAGCUCAUGUUGAGUAAGUCGUCGACGAGACGUUCGAUGCGCGGUGUUGCCACGGCAAAUAGCCUAGUUGUUGUACUGUUUUACUCUAUGACGUGUUUUGAUGUGAUUUGGUUGCGCGGCCGCCGCUCUGUGAGUGUUCAUAAAAGUGUCGUCUUUAUCGUAGAGGCCACAGAGGUAGGAUGCGAGACAAAAGCGUCCAGGCCAGUCGCGUUCGACGUCGGGCUCGCGUUUUCGUGCAUGGAAUGGUGUUUACACAUUACAUACGACCUCGGAGCCGCAUUUUGCGAGGCUUGGAAGGUAGUGCACAGCCACGGGAAACCGCCAGUCCUGGGAAGCAAAAUUUUCGACGUCGCGGCAAAGUCGCCGGGAAACGGGCCAAAUCGAUCCAUCAUAACAUUUUAUUACGCACCAAUGCGCCUUGAGGCAGUCUUCUCGCGUUUCCGUCGCCGGGCACGACCGAUUAGACUGGAAACCAACAUCGUAGACGUGUACGUUAACGAUGCACGUCUAAAAACAGUUUUUGUCAUCUGGUCGAUUUUGGACGCAAAAACGGCGCAGACGUACGUCAAUCCGUUUCAAACCACGAUGUGA